AUGGCGGAGGAAGGGCAAAUACAGAGCAGCAGCAGUAGCGGUAGCGGCGGCCGAGCUUCUUCCGGCCCGAUUCGACGAGUUCUCCUCAUCUCCGCUGGCGCUAGUCACUCCGUUGCCCUCCUCUCUGGCAAUGUUGUCUGCUCAUGGGGACGGGGAGAAGAUGGGCAGCUAGGCCAUGGGGAUGCUGAAGAACGGUUUUUUCCAACUCAGCUAAGUGCACUGAACGAUGAAGAAAUAGUCUCUGUUACCUGUGGAGCUGAUCACACGACUGCAUAUUCGGAAUCAAAACUACAAGUGUACAGCUGGGGAUGGGGUGAUUUUGGGAGGUUAGGCCAUGGUAACUCUAGUGACUUGUUCUCUCCCCAACCAAUCAAAGCCUUGCAUGGCCUUCGGAUAAGGCAGAUUGCUUGUGGGGAUAGCCAUUGUUUGGCAGUGACUAUGGAAGGCCAGGUUCAAAGUUGGGGGCGAAAUCAAAAUGGUCAACUUGGACUUGGGACCACGGAGGAUUCUCUUGUACCCCGAAAAAUUGAAGCAUUCCAGGGGAUCUCAGUCAAAAUGGUUGCUGCUGGUGCCGAACAUACAGCUGCUGUGACAGAGGAUGGACAACUAUAUGGUUGGGGUUGGGGCAGAUAUGGUAAUUUGGGUUUAGGUGACAGGGAUGAUCGCUUAGUGCCAGGCAAAGUUUCAACCAAUGAGGGAGAAAGGAUGGUCCUAGUCGCAUGUGGAUGGCGACAUACAAUAUCUGUCUCCUCUUCAGGUAGUUUGUAUACUUAUGGGUGGAGCAAAUAUGGCCAACUAGGACAUGGGGAUUUUGAAGACCACCUAAUCCCUCAUAAGCUGGAAGCUUUGUCUGAAAGUUGUAUAUCUCAAGUUUCAGGUGGAUGGAGACAUACAAUGGCAGUUACAAGUGAUGGAAAACUUUAUGGCUGGGGCUGGAACAAGUUUGGACAAGUUGGUGCUGGUGACAGCUUAGAUCAUUGCUCACCCGUGCAAGUCAAAUUUCCACAGGAUCAGAAAGUAGUGAAAAUCUCAUGUGGUUGGAGACAUACACUUGCUGUUACAAACAGACAAAACGUGUUUUCAUGGGGAAGGGGUACAAACGGCCAGCUUGGCCAUGGUGAAUCUGUUGAUCAAAAUGUCCCGAAGAUUAUAGAGGCGCUAAGUAUGGAUGGAUCAAGUGGACAGCACAUUGAGGCCUCGAAAGUUGACGUAUCAUCAGCAGAAAAAACUUGGGUUUCCCCGACCCAGAGAUAUGCAGUCGUCCCUAAUGAGAAUGUCUCUGGAACGACGUAUGGUGGCAACGGAAAUGACGUUAAUGUCCCUGAAAGCGAUGUAAAAAGAAUGAAGAUUUGA